CUUACUCCCUCAGGUUCUCCGCGGCGGAUGCGACAAACGGCAAGCGAGAAUCGCAUAUGCGCCUCAAUUCCAUACAUGCGUUCCGUUAGAUAGAUUUCAAUCUAUAAUAACCCAAACAAUUGCAAUAUAUUUCUGAAACCACGAGAUUUCUCAAUUCCCCUCCAACCGUUAGUGCCUUAAUUCGGUCCACCCGAAUUCCGCACAUAACCAGAGCCAUUACCAUAUAAACCACCAUUUCACGAAACAGUUCUCAAUUAGACUUCUAAUGGGUACAACUAAUGUCACAGAGUCUGCUGUAAAGCAUACUCUUCAUCUUUUCGGCCAUGAGCUUCACUUUUCUGGCUGGACGAUUUGUUUUACUAUUCUCGCAAUUUUAAUCGCUUAUGACCAAAUUUCUUAUCAAAUUCAAAAGGGAACAAUUCCCGGUCCCAUCGUUAAAAUCCCCUUUAUGGGUUCCUUUUUGGACAGUAUGAAACCCACCUUUGAAAAGUAUCACACAAAAUGGAUGAGUGGUCCUCUGUCCUGUGUAUCUGUAUUUCACAAGUUCGUCGUUAUCGCUUCUGAGCGUGAAAUGAGUCGUAAAAUUCUCAACUCUCCUAAUUAUGUUCAACCUUGUGUUGUUGACGCUGGAAAAAAGAUUCUGAAGCCCAAUAACUGGGUCUUCUUGGACGGCAAGGCUCAUGUUGAGUACCGUAAGGGUUUGAACGGAUUGUUCACUCGUCGUGCCUUGGCCAACUACCUUCCUGCCCAGGAAGCUGUGUACAAUAAGUAUUUCAAGGAAUUCCUUGAUUAUUCAAAGGACGACUAUAAGCAGUACAUGAUUCCUUUCCGUGAUAUCAAUGUUGCUGUUUCUUGCCGUACUUUCUGUGGUUCUUACAUUUCCGACGAUGCCAUUACUGAGAUUGCCGACCAUUACUGGCGUAUUACUGCCGCAAUGGAACUUGUAAACUUCCCAAUCGUUCUUCCGUUCACGAAAAUCUGGUAUGGUAUCAAGGCCCGUGAUGUUGUUAUGAAGUUUUUCAUGAAUGCCGCUGCCCAGUCUCGUAAGAAUAUGGAAGCUGGCAAGCCUAUUACGUGUAUGAUGGAUGAAUGGAUUCAUGAGAUGAUUGAGGCUCGUGAGUACAAGGAAAAGGGUGCUGCCGAGGGUGCCGAGAAGCCUUCAAUCCUCAUUCGUGAUUUCAGUGACGAAGAGAUCUCAUUGACUUUCCUCUCCUUCUUGUUCGCCUCUCAGGAUGCUACUUCCAGUGCUAUGACCUGGCUGUUCCAAAUGCUCGCCGACAACCCCGAGGUCCUGAGAAAGGUCCGUGAGGAGCAAAUUUCUAUCCGUAAUGGUGACCCGAAGGCCCCUAUUACUAUUGAUUUGGUGGACAAAAUGGAAUACACUCGCUGGGUUGUCAAGGAGUGUCUUCGCCUUCGUCCUCCUGUUCUCAUGGUUCCUUACCGUGUGAAGAAGGGUUUCCCCAUCCGCUCUGAUUACACGAUUCCCAAGGAUUCUAUGGUCGUGCCUACUCUGUGGUGUGCUCUUCAUGAUCCCGAAGUUUUCCCCGAGCCUGAUAACUUCAUUCCUGAGCGCUGGGGUCCCGAAGGCACCGCUGAAAAGAGCCCUAAGAGUUGGCUUGUAUUUGGAACGGGUCCGCAUGUUUGUUUGGGUCAACGCUAUGCUGUUAUGCACUUAAUUGCUUGCAUCGGCAAGGCCAGUAUUGAAUUGGAUUGGAAACAUAAGCGCACUGAGGACUCUGACACCCAGAUGAUUUUCGCUACGACUUUCCCUCAGGACAUGUGUUAUCUUAAGUUUUCCCCAUUUGAUUCUACCAAGUUGUGGAAUGAGCUCCGCCACAAGAAACAUGAGAAGCCCGAGAAGCACGAAGGACACGAUUUACAAAGGGAGCAGUCUAUCAACACUGUCGCUUCCAGCACCACUGAAAGCUUAGCUGAAGGUUUGACCCAGACUGUUACCGAAGCCUAAACAACCCUUGUAAAUGCUUCUGUGUCUCUUUGAGCGUUCUAUCUCGGAUUCCAUGUCAUGUAUUAUUUUUUGCUGUAUCUACGGUACCCAUGGGAUCUGUGCUAUGUGUGGUGAGUAUUCUCCCUGCGUUCACGAGUGUUCUCAUGGGUUGAACUUUGUUCUUGUCUCCUCUCCCUAAGUACGUUUUUUAGGGCGUUCUUUGUUGCACACUUUUGGGUGUUAUUCUUCCGUGCAAUGAAGUCUGUUUGUCUGUGUGUUGCUGAUUUCGGAAUCGCACACAUGACCUGUAAAACUAAGACUGUACUAUUUUCUUUCUUCUUGACACGUUUUCUCUACGCUUCCGUGUUAUGCUGCUAUAAGCGCCUACCUGUACUUUUCUACUUGUUCUGUACUAAUAUACUUGUAUCAAGGGUUACACCCCGGAUUUUUCUCUAUAAACGACUUUACGAUUUCAAGGUUUGUAAUAACAGUGGUGGUAGUAUUCAUAAAAUUGAUCAAUAACUUGUAGCGGG